AAGACAGCAAUUUGGUUAUUACAAUUGGAAGCUGACUCAGACUUGUUUCAGGUGCAUAGAGAUGAGGGUGCCAUAGAAAAGAUGACCACUGCCAAAUGGGAGGCACACAUGGAGAAAGCUGGAGAAAACAGCUAAUGCACAGCAAUCGGCUAUGCCACGCGAAGCAACUGAUGUUGAAAAUCAGGAAAUAAAGAUCUAUAAUACCUACUUCAUGACAAGUUGGACGUAUCGUGCCUCAUUGGAACUUUUCUCUACAAAGGGCCAAUUCAUUCCUAACUACAAUAGUGAUAAACAGCACCGACCAAUAGCAGUCCUUGGAGGACCUACCACUGAGGUGUGUCUACACAUGGCUACCAUCUUAUCCCUCUAUAAGAUGCCACAGAUAAUGUAUGGUUCCACUACCGAAAGUAGUACCAAAACAGAGGCUGUUUUAUAUCAACAAAUGUUCCCAAGUAUGGACCACCAGUAUAAGGGAAUUUUUCUAUUACUGCUGCAUUUCAGAUGGACAUGGAUUGGGAUCUUGUCUUUGAAAAAUGACAGUGGUGAGAAGUUUAUACAAGAUCUGGUUCCCAUGUUAACCCAGAAGGGGAUCUGCUCAGACUUCAUUGAAACAUUUCCAAUCAUUGAUGAUUCAAGCAGCAUUGCUGAGUUGGUGGAAAUGGGACUUGAAAUGUACAUGGUGGUUAUGAAAAGCACAGUAAAUGUAGUACUGGUUCAUGGUGAAAUUUAUGGAAUUAUAGUUCUGAGACUUCUUUCCACCAAUCUGAAAAUUGAAGAUGCAUCAUUAUGGAGAAAAAAUAAAAUCUGGGUUAUGACAGCUGAGAUGGACUUCACCUCACUUCCCUUUCUAAGGAAUAGUGACCUAGUCUUCCUCCAUGGUGCUCUGUCUUUUGCAAUUCACACAGAGAAAAUGUUAGGAUUCCAGCAAUUUGUUCAGAUGAGGAAACCAAACUUAGAAGAAGACAUUAGUUUUAUCAAGCUCUUCUGGGAAAGUGCUUUCCAAUGUUCCUUCUCCAUCUCUCUUAUGAAUGAAGAUAAAAAUGAGGUUCCCUGCACUGGAAAAGAGAAACUGGAAGAUCUUCCUACAUCUGUGUUUGAAAUGGACAUGACUGGCCACAGCUACAGCAUCUACAAUGCCAUCUACGUUAUGGCAUAUGCUUUGCAUGACUUCCAUUCAUCAAUGAUGGAAUACAGAGCUAGAGGGCAUGAAGCCAAACUGGAACUUCUGGAUCAAAAUAUGUGGAAGGUCCAACCUAUAUCUUUGUGCAAUAGCAAGUGCCAUUUAGGUUAUACAAGAAGCAAGAUAGAAGGGAAGCCAUUUUGCUGUUAUGAUUGUCUACAAUGUCCCCAUGGAAAGAUUUCCAGCCAAAUAGAUAUGGAUGAUUGUUUUCAGUGUCCACAAGAUCAGUAUGCAAAUAUGAAGCAGGAUUUGUGUCUUCCAAAGAUUGCAACAUUUUUAAUGUAUGAAGAAACUCUGGGGAUCAUUUUGGCCAGUUCUGCUCUUUUCUUUUCUUUGGUCACAUCUGGAAUCCUUUGGAUUUUUAUUAAGCAUCAGGACACUCCCAUAGUCAAAGCCAACAACCGGAAUCUCACCUAUGCUCUCCUUAUUGCUCUUUUCUUGUCUUUUCUUUGCUGUUUAUUAUUCCUUGGAAAACCUGACAAAGUAACAUGUCUCCUUCGUCAAACUACUUUUGGUAUCAUCUUCUCUGUGGCCAUUUCUUCUGUGUUGGCCAAAACUAUCAUUGUGAUUUUGGCAUUCAUGGCCACUAAGCCUGGGUCUAAGAUGACUGGAUGGGUGGGAAGAAGAUUAACUGUGUCCAUCUUACUGUGCUGCACCUUAAUUCAAGGAUUUAUUUGCACUAUAUGGCUGACAACCUCUCCCCCAUUCCCAGAUGCUGACAUGAGUUCAGGGUCAGAAGAAAUCUUUCUGCAGUGCAAUGAAGGAUCAGUCUACAUGUUCUACUGUGUCUUGGGCUACAUGGGUUUCCUUGCCAUUAUUAGCUUUACGGUGGCUUUCCUAGCAAGAAAAUUGCCUGAUGUUUUCAAUGAAGCCAAGUUUAUCACCUUCAGCAUGUUGGUAUUCUGCAGUGUUUGGUUGUCCUUUGUUCCAACAUACCUGAGCAUCAAAGGAAAAUAUAUGGUUGCAGUGGAGAUCUUCUCCAUAAUUGCUUCUAGUGUUGGGUUAUUGGUUUGCAUUUUUUUCCCCAAGUGCUACAUCAUUGUCCUGAGGCCUUCCCUCAACAACAAAGAACAUCUAAGAAGACAAACCCACAGAAAAACAUGAAUUAUACGUCUCAUUAUUUUAAAUUGUUUGUAAGAAAACAGAAUCAAUUAAUGCUCUAAUCCAAUUCUUAACUUGAGUAAAGGUUUUAAAUCUUCUGGUUUAAUUCUCACUUGAUAGACAAAA